CGGCAAACCUGGAGUAACUGAGCCUGCACCGCGGCAGGCGGUACGACGCCUACAUGCGCCGGCGCGACGCCAGGCGCGUGGCCGUGUCGGCCGAGCAGCGGCAGCACCAACCGGCGAAUGGUAAGGUUCACCAACCUCGAGGCGUGCGCGCCACGCCGAUGAGCCCGCGCGCGCUCAGGUGCGCGGGUCGGGACACGCACACGCAACAAGACGCGGCCGUGUCGACCCCGAGCACCCCGAGAAGCGACGGCGCGACGCUGCCGAGGAGCAGGACGGUGGGCGGCGGCGCGGAGGGGAGCCCGGCGAGGCCGUCGCACUCGCACCACCAGAGGCGGAACAGCCUCGGCGUCGUGCCCGCCGAGUUCGGCGAGUGCGCCACGCCGAGGCCGUUCCUGAAGCGCGGCACGGGCACGGGCGGCGCGGGCGCGGCGGCGCCGGCCAGGCUGCGGACGGCGCGGGUGCACGACCUGCUGCCGGCCAUCGACGUGGCCAUGACGACCCCGAGGCCGCCGCUGCCCCAGGAGCUCGGCGACUCCCACGCCCACGCCCACGCGCCGCGCCACGUGCGGUCGGUGUCGGAGCUGCCGUUCGACGCGGCGGCGCUGGCCUCGCCGUCGCCACAGGCGCGGCCGAGGAAGCGGUGGGGCAGCCCUGAGAGGCCGACGGCGACGCUCUCGGUCUCAGCGACGGCCGAUUCGCACAGGGAGCUGUCCAAGGGGCUCAAGAAGCUGCUGAGCUUCGUGAGGAAGGGCGGCAGGAGCGGCGGCGGCGGCGGCGACCAGCCUUUGCCGGCGCCCAGCCCGCGCGGGAGUGGGAAGCCCGUGAGCAAGGGGUGGUCUGGUUGCUCCCAGGUCGGCGUCCCGUUCGACCGCGCAAGACUGGACGGGCACCGGUUCCCCAUGCCGCGGCCAGUUGGCAUCUCUGGGUGAGGCCCUGCGCGGCACGGCGCCGAACAGUGACACGCGCCAUGAGAACUGCCCUGAUUGCUCCGCGUUCAGGUCAGGUGGUUGUGGUUCGACGGCCCAGAGCGUCGCUCGCUGCCUCACUGCACUUCCAAGGCCCCAAACUAGUGAGAAGCUUUUGCUGUUACCUUUGCACUACAAAGGUUUAGAGACGAAUUCUGUAGCUUUAAUUUCCAUUUCACUACAAGGUUUGAGUUCCC